AUGACUGGGAACGAUGGCAGUGGCAGUGGCAGCAGCAGCAGCAACAACAAUUUUUCAAGCACUUCCGAAUGCUGCUGGCCGGGUCUGAAGUGUACUAUCCCAUGCCCGGGUGGCACCUUUUGCAGCUGCUUCCAUGUGUUCAUGGCGCAAAUAAUCGCCGUCAUCAACAACAACACUGAACAGAGCAGAGCGGAGCAGACCAGGCCGGGACCCAGGACCCAGGCAACCAGAAUGAUGCUGGGGGAUAAAGAUGAGUUGAGAGACGUUGACGCUGACGCUGACGCCAUUAGCACCGAGUUUUGCAGCAUCAACGACAAACUUUAA